AUGGCCCUAGACCAUGCAGGCAAUGUGGAGGAGCUGUAUGAGCUGCAGGAUGAGCUGGGCAGUGGGCAAUUUUCGACAGUCCGUCGCUGCCUGGAACGGUCCUCAGGGACAUAUUUUGCGGCCAAAUUCAUCAAAAUACGGAGGAAGAAAGGGAGCCGAUUAGGGUUAGACCGUAAGGUGGCACGUCAAGAAGUGGACAUCCUGCAGCAGCUGCGACACCCUCACAUCAUGAAGUUGCAUGACCUGUUUGUCUGCCAGCUCCAGAUGGUGCUGGUGUUGGAACUGGUCGAGGGAGGCGAAUUAUUUGACUCUGUGGCUGAGAAGGAGUCAUUAUCAGAGCCUCAAGCCUCAGACUUCCUGAUACAGAUCUUGGACGCAUUGGCUUAUAUGCAUUCCUUGAACAUCGCCCACUUUGACCUCAAGCCUGAGAUCAUCAUGCUACAGCAGAAAGAUAUUAAACCUAACAUCAAGAUAACUGGCUUCGAGAUGGCCCAGAAUAUUGAGAAAAACACGUGCCUCCAAAAACGGUGUGGGAUUCCUGAGUAUAUUGCUCCGGAAGUGAUCAAGUUGGAACCUCUCUCUGUUGUUGCAGACAUGUGGAGUGUUGGUGUCAUCACCUAUGUUCUGCUCAGCGGCAUAUCCCCUUUCCAGGGUGAAACGGAAAAUGAGACUAUCAACAAUGUCACCAAAGGCAUUUUUAAAUAUGAGGACACACACUUCAGUUCCACAUCAGCCAUAGCCAAGGACUUCAUCAACCAGCUGCUGGUUAUUAACCCCAAGGAACGGAUGACAUCAGCUCAAGCUCUCCUUCACCCAUGGAUUAAGCCUCUGACCAUAAAACAGGAGAGGAACCGAGACUCCUGCUUGAUAAACAUGGAUAACUUCCGCAGGUUCAAUAUUGAACGUAAGAAGAAGCAAAGCUACCACAUGAUCGCCCCCUGUAAUCACCUCUGCAGAAUGAGUCUGUUCUGUAUACAUACCAAGGAGAAUGAAGAUCUGAGAGCCUGUGAGAGCGACCAAGAGGACUCCCCAGUGCCCCCGGCCUCCCUCCUCCGCCGAAGACGCAGCAGCUACUCCUGAUUCUGGAAAGCAGUGAUGGGUGGAGGAGAGCCCCUCAGCCGGCUAACAUGCUCUUUGCUGGUUUGGAGGGAACAAGGGGCAGUGCCAGAGGUACUGGGAGGGACAUGCUACUACUCUGUGCCACUUAUCUUCCAUGCUCCACCCUGACUCUCCAGCUUCAGUUUUUUUUUCACUCAACAUGAA